AAGUCUAGUGAAUAUGGGAUUGGCCAUGAGUUUGAUGGGGAAAGGUUUGCCUACAGCACAGAUGGUGAAUAUGGUGAUGGGAACACUUGAAAGACAAUUCAUAGAUAAAGAGAUCAAAACUUUUGAAGACUUUCACAUUGCAAUGCUUAAUAUCUUCAGCACUUUCAACUCUGCAUUGCCUGGUAAACACUAUGAUGUUCCUUCUCCAGAGGAAGUCCAGGAAUGUUAUGAUGAAUGGAAGGUCGCCCCAAACGAGGCAGCGAAGAAGGAAGUGUUGGUGAAAUUCAUGAAGGAGAAGGUGAAUCUAAGCAGGCUGGAUGAAUCCAGCCUUAUCACAGGAAUAGUAACACCACCAGCAGCUAUGGCAGCCAAGAGAGCAGGCGAGAGUGUACCUCAGCUAAAGCUCAUCAAGUCCAUACCCGAUGUCAUUUUUGUGCCCUCCGCCACUGUCUUGGCCCUCAUCUCUGUCAAGCUGUCCAGAAAGAUGUUCCGUGACAACACCACUGCAUAAAAUUUCACAACCAGAAUUUCCUACAUACUGUAAUAUAUGAUGAACACCUGAACUUGUAUUUCGAUGAACCAAACACGCAAGUAAUAAGCAAUUUCCAUGUUUUCUACUGCCA